AUGUCAUCUGAGGCGGAGAAGUCAAACAAUUCAGCUCCGGCGACACCGCCGCCGUAUUUCUGGGGAGACAUGCCGGAGGAAGAGUACUACACUUCCCAAGGCGUGCGUAACACCAAAUCCUACUUCGAAACACCCAACGGCAAGCUCUUCACGCAGAGCUUUCUUCCCUUAGAUGGUGAGAUCAAAGGGACGGUGUACAUGUCUCACGGGUACGGAUCCGACACGAGCUGGAUGUUCCAGAAGAUCUGCAUGAGCUUCUGCAAUUGGGGCUACGCUGUUUUCGCCGCCGAUCUUCUUGGUCACGGCCGUUCCGAUGGCAUCCGCUGCUACUUGG